CUGGUAAAGAAUUCGAUGUCUAUCUGCCGCGUUUACAGACAGAUGCACGUCUAAAAACGUGGGAGAGAAUGGCUGAGUGAUUCUGGGGUUGAUGCCAAGUCCACAAAUCUGAAUAGUAAAUGUAAUCAGCGUACACAGCUGUACGUUGUCUCCCCUGGAAUCGGCCUGUUCCACAUGCAGAGCUGGUUUUUGGUGUUGAUCAACACAAAGAGUCAAAUGAUCAGCUUUAGUUCAUGCUGAUGUGGCCUGAGCAGGACUUCUAAUGGUUUUAAUGGGAAUUGUAUUGGAUUUAACAGAAACUGUAAUGGUCCCUAAAGGUCUCUACUGGUCAUUUGUUGCCUUCCACUGGUGGCAUGUUAUGUCUAGUGUACACCAUUAAGGGCCAGUGAUGUUUUUAAUGGUUAGCUGAUGGUUUGUAAUGGUAUUUGUAGUGGAAUCCAUUAGAAUUUCAAUGAUGGUUUCUGUGGGGUUUUUUCCAGUAUUAAUGUGUGUUUAGGGUUGCACCUCUUGCAGCAGUCUCCACUCUACACUGUGCACAUAAUUAUUACUGAGUUAUUUAGAUAUUUUCCGGGUUAAGUUUAAAUAUGACUUGGCCAGACUGAGGUGCAACGUAAUGGCAGCACUGUCACUGAGCACGGAGAGAGAGAGAGAGAGAGAGAGAGAGAGAGGAAGGACGUGCUUACGAAACUGUGAAAGCCGCGGAAAGUCUGCAGGUUUUUUUCACGCUCGCGCGCUCUCUCUCUCUCUCGCUCGCGCGCUUUCUCUCUCGCGCUCUCUCUCGGCGUGGGUGAGUCGAGAACGAGGGGGCGGAGGAGGAGGGAAAUCCAUCGCUCGUUUCCUCCUUUUCCAGACUCAACUGAUAUAUAAUCAUGUUUUUAAGCCUCAGAGAACCCAAAAGAGCGCGAGACGCGAGACUGAUCGCUUUCUUACACUUAAGAAAAAAGAAAGAAAGAAAACGCAAAGGAUUUUACGCGCGCUUUGGUUUGUACCAAACUUCUGGGACUAACAACAGCAUCUCGAUUUGGUUUAUUACGAUGUCAUCUACAGACGUGGAGAGCCUCCAGCCCGCCCCUCGGCAGCGCGGCAGCUGCAUGGACACGUUCCUGCUCGUUUCUGUUGUCACCCUGUUCCUCAUGGUGCUGUCCGGAGCCGCGCUCGGGUUCUGGAUCGUUAAAGACCUGCGCGCGGAGAUGGACGGGUUUCACACUGCGCCCGAGCCCAUCAAGAGCGCCAUGAACAUGUCGCCUAGGGGUCUGCCAAACAUCGGGCCGUCCUACAAGAUGGAGAAUUUUGCCUACCUUAGAGCCACCUCCAGUCAUGUGAAAAAUGGCACUAUGCAGUGGGAACCAAUCGUGUACAGAAACACCACCACCCUAGGCUCACGCUACAGAUAUAACUCAGAACACGGAACACUGAGGAUGGAGAAAGGUGGUACCUACUUCUUGUACACCCAGCUGAACCUUACAUGCAUUUCUGUAUGUGGUAGUGGAUCCCUUAGAGUCACCUUUGAGGACGAUCAAAGGAACGAGCACUUAUCCUGCACACUUCACCUUCCCAAUACAACUUCUAUCCCUGUUGUGGAAAAGUGUUGGACCGUGAUCCAUCAUCUUGAACCCGAAAGCCGACUGAUUGCCAAGAUGCACGCUACAGCGCCACCAAGAGGAUGGAGUCUCGAUCUUAACCACUCCGGAUUUGGCAUGUUCCUGGUGGAUGGACCCAAGACCGAGUAGAAGAUGGGACAGAUAUAUUUAGCAUCAAAAAGAUACUGAGUUUGUGGAUUACACAUGAAACUGUAUGCUAUUCACACGGUGCUAACUCAACCCAUGCUUGAAUAGACCUCAAGGGUCCUCAUUUUUUGCACAUUUAGUAAGGCGUUGACGUUAAACCACUGAUGCUAUAUCACGAUAGUGUGAUACUGUAAAUGUUUCCUUUGGAACUCUCAUCUGAUAAGCAGACCUAUGGGAUUUCCUUUACAGAAGACCUUCAAAUUCACCCAAAUAUUUACAUUUCUAACCCAACGAUGUAAGAGUACUGAUGAUUUGAAGCUUCCUCGUUAACAGUAUUAUGCGUCCUGGAUAUCGUGGUAUAUUGUACAAUCAACUCUGUUUACUCAGGAAGAACUUUUACAAUGCACUAUUUAUAUUUUGAUACUAUCAUAUAGUCUAUUUAUAUACGGUUUGUACAUAUGUAUUUUUAUUGUUCAGAUAUUUAUGUUAUUUUUGUAAAACUGUUGUACUGUAAGACAGUGGGUCAUUUUUUACUGUUACACAGUAGCUGAAGAGUAGACAUCACUACAGACCGCAGCCACAAUGGUGGCUAAUGGCAGGUACGAAAAUCUCAAUCACAACUUACUUAGUGCCUUCAGAUAGGAGCACAGGCGUCCUGUACGUGCCCUCAUCAUGACGUGGCGAAAAGUAAUGUCUCUCUGACAGAGACCAUCCAUGUGAUUGUUAAUUUAUAUUCAGGAAUGUAAAGCUAAUAUGUAGUCAAUAAAAGAGACUUUACUGUU